AUGCUGUUUGUUGUUGAGUCUGAUAGUAGAUUGGAAGAAUGGGCAGAUCAAAGAAUAAGUGUUGAUAGAUUUAGAGAAAUUUUUGAAAUUUAUAUUGAGGAUAAACUUGAUGAAUUAAAAAAGGCACGAUCUAAAAAGUUCGAUAAGGAUUGUCGAGAUUUCAAUUAUUUUAUGGAUGAUGUAAAAGAUGUAUUUAUAAAUAACGAUUUAGUAAAAAUCCCGAUUGAUGUUCGUAGAAGUAUUUGGGAAAAAAAUGUUGACAAGAAUUUACCGACACUUAUGAAAAAUUCUACUAAUUGUAAAUGUAUUAGAAAAGAACAUAAUUACGAUAAAGAAUAUAGGGAUAUGACUCAAACGUUAGAAAAUUUUUGUGAAGAAAAAACACGCAAGUUAAAAAAUAUAGAUAAAAAAGAUUAUGAGGAAGAUUUAUGUAUAAAUUUUAAUAUCUGGAUAAAUAAAAAAAAAGAAAAAAUUUUAGAACAAUAUGAAAAAUUAAGCAAAAAAGAAGAAAAUAAACACUUAUUAAAAGUUAGUGAAACUUGUGAUCUUAAUGAUGUGGGUAAUUUAUUCGCUAAUAUAUCAUGUGAGGUUAUGAAAAAAAAUAAGGAGGAGGCUAGAAGUAAAAAUCCUAAAGUUAAAAGAAGACGUCCAGGAAAUGAAUCAGUUAGAGCUAGUGGUAAAGAGGAUGCUCUAAGUAAAAAGAGUAAAAGCAUUAAUUUAAAAAAGGAGGAUAAUUCGGCUAUUGUAGAAAUGGCGAGUGGAAGUAAUACUGUAAGUAAAACUAGCGUUGGAAGUACUAUAGCUCGUAAUGGAUCUGGACGAAAAAAGGUUCCUCCUAAACCUGGAAGUUAUAAAAAAUCUGGUGAAAAAAUAUCUGAUAAAGGUCCUCAGACAAGUACUCCUAAAGAACGUUCUAUUAAAAAAAAAACUGAUGUUCAACCUAAGAAUGUACAAAAUGAUGUCAAAAGAAGAGGACAUGGAAGCAGUCAUGUUACUAGUCUUCCAGUUAAAAAAACUAGUACUAGUGAUGAUACAUAUAAAAAUCCUUCUUCUAAUUAUAUUGAAGUUGAUUGUACUGAAAAUAAAUAUUUUUUAUUAAAAGAUGGGAAUAAUAAAUCAAAAGGCAUUUGUAAAACAAACUAUGAUUAUUCUAUAUCUAAUGAUUAUGAUAGUACUGAUUCUGUUUUUUAUUCAACUGAUCAAGUAUCUAGUAAGAAUGAAAUUGAAAGUCCUUCUUCUUUACCUAUAUUACAUAAAGGAGAAAAUACUUCUAAUUUAUAUGUUAAUGAUCAAUUAAGUGUUUCCCAUAAGAUAAACUCUCAUAGUGUGGAGGAACAAAAAAAUAAUGUUGAAAUAAGUGCACAAAUUGAUGGUAAUAUGGAAGGUUCUGUAAGAAUAGAUAAUCAUGUAGAUGAAUAUAAAGAAGAAGAAGAAGAAGCUGCUUCUUGUGAUUCUGGCGAUGAAAGCUGUGUUGAUGCAAGUAAAAUACCUGUUGGAUUAUUGAAAGGCUUAUCAACGGAGGAACCAUCUGGUUUAGAAGGAAGCUCCAACAUAGAAUACUUAAGGUCGAACUAUUUUAGUGGUAAUAAUAUAUUUUCUGAUAGCGUCAAUUUAGAUUUCGAUAUUUUAAUACCUGAAGAAGAAGCUUUAGAUGAGGAAAAUUCUGAUAUAAUACAUGAACAUCAAGGAGUGGAAGAAAUUAAUCAAGAAGGUGCAUCAAUAAUUGAAAGAAGUAGUCAUUCGUCUUCUCAAUUUAGUGAUUCAUCUGCUUCAAAAAAUAAAUAUAGAAUUUUAUCUACAACUAUGGAUUUCCCUGAUCAAUACAAGUUAUUCGGAUUAUAUUCACCUGUAUCACAAAAGUUUGGUAAUGUACUGAGUUUUGUGAAAGAUAUUCUUAGUUUUAGUACUGCUCCAGUUUCCCGAAGUCAAGGUCAAAGUAAAGAAAAUAAUCCUGAAGAAUUAUCAACUAGUGUUAAUGGUUCUAAAGAAUAUGAGAGUUCACCUUUACAAAUGAAUAUUGGUACUGUUAGUAGGGGAAAUAGUAUACAUCCGAUAUUAACAAUGUUAGGUUUGACUAAUGAACGAGGUCGAAGAAAUAGUGAUCGAGGAAGUGAAACAUAUAUAUCUGGUUCAUCUCAAAAUGGUUUUCAUAAAAAUGAAGUAAUUCCCACAAUUAAAGGUAAAGGUGGUGAAACUCAAGUUGUGAGUAAUGAAAAAGGAGGGAUUUUAUCAAAAGGAGUAACAUCAAUGAUAUCAUCUCUUCCAGUUGCAUUAGUAACAUUUGUAUUUCUUUUUAUGUUCUUGGCAUUUAAUAAGAUGAAUCCUUUUGGUACAAUACUUGUUCAAGGGAAGAAGAAAAAAAAAAAAAAAGUAAAAGAAAUGAUGGAUGAUAGAAGAAAGCCAAAAAGGAGAUCAGAAAAACGGAUGAUAGCUAUUGAUGUUAAUGUGGAGGAUGAAAUAAAUAAAGUAAUUUAUAAAAAAGAAUUUAAUAAUUAUGAAGAUAUUAAUUAUGAUGAUAAAAUAUAUGUAGAAGAUAAAUAUAUUAAAGUAGAGGAAAAUGAAAUGUACUUGAGAGAAGGAAUUGAAGAGUUACAUAUAGAUGAUGAAAGUGGGGAUGUACAUUUUGAUGAUGAUUGUAAAGGUGAACAUUUUGAUGAUGAACAUAUUCUUGAACAGUUUCCUGAUGAACAUAUUCUUGAACAUUUUCCUGAUCAACAUGUUCUUGAACAUUUUUCUGAUCAGCAUGAUUAUUUACAUAUAGAGCACCAAAAUGACGAUGUAUAUUUGGAUGAACCCAAAAGUGAUAUAUUAUCUAAAGAACUCUUUGAUGAUGUACUCAUAAAAGUGGAAGGCACAGAAGUAAAUAGAGAAGUUCCUAUAAAAAAGGAGGAGUGGAUGUGGAAAACCAUAAUUGAGAUAGAAAUGAAAGUAAUAGAAAAAUGUAAGAAAAACGAAUGGGAAGAAUCCAAAGGGGACUUUUUAGAAAUAUGUUUAGAUGAGUUUAUGAAAAAAGAAAAUGAAUACAAAAAAUUAAAUAAUAAAGUAAUUGUUGAAACGAAUGUAUUAGAAAAUCAAAAUAUGUUAUGGAAUAAAUGGAUAGAGAGACAUAGAUAUAUGCUUGAAAAGUGGAAAAAAGAAGAAUGGUUUUAUAAUUUAAAAAAUGAAUGGAUAAAUGAAAUAAAAAAUUAUGAAAAGACAGAGAAUGAUAUAGAAAUAACGUUACCUAGUGAGAAGGAAAAACGAAAUAUUUAUUUAGAAAAACAGAAAAUUAUAUGGAGAAGAUGGGUUGCAAGAUAUGUACAACACAUAGAUGAUGAUAUAAUUGAAGCAUGGUUUAAAAAAAUGAUGGAAGAAUAUGAAAAGGAAGAAUAUUAUUUAAAUAAAAAUAGAUAUAAAAUUAUUAACUAUAUAAAAAAUAAAAAUGACAAACAUGAUGAAAGUGUUCAAUAUGAUGAUAAAGAGAAAUUAAUUUCACCCACUUGUUUUGAUGUAGAAGAAAAACAGAAAAAAAAGUUGUUGACUAAAAUAUGGAUUCAGAUACAUAUGAUGAUAUUAGAAGAAUAUAAAAAGGAUGAAUAUAUACGUAUUAAGAAUUUAUUAUUAGAUAAUUAUAUAGACAAAUUAGAAAAAGCAAAUGAAGUAAAUGUAAAAAACAGACUUCAAAAACUUGACAUUUUGAUUGAAAUGAAAAAGGAAAAUAAUAUGAUCCAAACGAAUGAAAGAAAUAAAUGGGAAGGAGAAAAAUGGUUCUUAGAUUUAAAGAAUGAAUGGAAUGAUUAUGAAAGGGGAUAUAUAAAAAAUAAUUUUAUAAUUAAAAAAGAAAAUGCCAUGAAUAGAUAUGAAAAUAUAAUACAUGAGCCUUUAUUGAAAGUAAAAAAAGAUAUACCUCAAAUACAUUGGAAAAAUAUUAAUGAGAAAUGGUUACAUGAUGAAUAUGAAUAUGAACAUAUAGGUGAAAAUAUAAUUGAUAAAAAUAAAUUAGUAUUAAUGGAAAAAAAAGUAAAAUGGAAAACUAUCAUUGAGAUAUAUAUGGAAGUAAUGAAUGAAUAUAAAAAGGAUGAAUGGGAAGAAAGUCGAGGAGAUUUUUUACAAAUCUGUUUAGAAGAAUUUAUUAAGAAAGAUAAUGAAGACAUGAAUAAUAUAAAUGAUGAAUUACCUAUUGAACAAAGUGAAAAUAUUGAAGAUAUUCUCAUGUUAGAGAGACAAAAAAUUAUAUGGCUUCAAUGGAUUAAACGAAAUAAAUAUAUGCUACAAAAAUGGAAUAAAGAAGAAUGGUUUCAUAAAUUAAAAAAAAAUUGGAAAGAUGAAAUGAAUAGAUAUGAUCAGAAAUUAUUUUUUUUGAAAAAUAAAGAAAGUGAUAAAUGUAUAAACCCUAUGUUAGAAAGACAAAAAUAUAUAUGGAGAAAAUGGAUUGCAAAACAUUUAUAUCAUCUUGAUGAUUUGGAAAAUGAAGAAUGGUUUAAUUUAUUAAUGAAUAAAUAUGAAAAAGAUAAAGAUGAUUUGAAAAGUGAUAGAAAUGAUAAAAUGGAUGACAUGGAAAAGAAAAAGCUGAUAACAAAAUUAUUUAUUGAAAUACAUAUGAUGGUAAUCGAAGAUUUUAAGGAGGAAGAAUGUUUCAUGAAUAAAGAAAAUUUUGUUAAUACAUAUAUAAAUGAGUUGAAAAAAGAAGAAGCUUGUGAAAAAAAUAGAGAAAUGUUACAUAUAUUGAAUAAUAUAAAAAAAGAUAUAAAAUUAGGAUAUGAAAAUACAAAAUUGAAUGAAUGGAAACAAGAAAAAUGGUUUGAUAAUUUAAAAAAAGCAUGGAAAGAAGGUGAAUGUAAAAAAAUCUUUGUUGAUAUAGAAAAAGGAAAUUUGGACCUGACACAAAUUAAUAUAAUAAAUAAUUAUAUGUUAGAAAUUCAAAGAAGUUUGUUAAAAAAAUAUUGGGAAGAUAUAGAAAUAAGUUGGAUAGAUGAUGAUAAUCAAACUGACUGGUUAAAAAUAGCUAUAAAUUUGAAUGAUUAUGACAAUAACAAUAAAAAAAAGGUAUUUAAUAGAAGAUAUAAUUAUAUGAGAAAUGAAAAUUUACAUAUUAAAAAAAAGAAGAAUAUCAUAAAUGAGGAACAUUCAAGUGAGGAUAAUAAGUGUAUAUAUCAAAAUAAUCAUUCUUAUAUUAAAAGGAUUAUAGAAAUAUAUAUGGAAAGGGUAAAUGAAAUUAAAAAAAAAGAAUGGGAAGAGAACAAAUGGGAGUUUUUAAAAAUUGCUUUAGAAGAAUAUAUACAAAUGCAAUUCAAAAAACAAAAGAAUUUAUGUAUUGAAGAAAUAAUAAUAAAAAAUAAAAAUACAAAUGAUGAUAAUAAUGGCUACCUAGAACAAAUUUUUUUGUGGAAUCAAUGGAUAGAAAGGAAAAGAUAUAUAAUGGAAAAAUGGAAAUAUGAAAAAUGGUUUGAAGAAUUAAAGAUUGAAUGGAUAAAAGAACAGGGUAUAUAUAUAAAAGAAGAAGAAAUAGAAACAUUUAUAAAAGAUGAAGAAAAAAAAAAUAAUAAAUAA